UGAGGGAGAGAGAAAAGGAGAGAGAGAAGAGGAGGAGAGAGGGGAGUAAGAAGCCAACGGAGCGAAGAAGGCUCCCUCUGGGCUCCCAGAGAGGCGGCUGAGGGGCGAUGGCUCUGCCGGACACGGGUGUGAGCUCGGCGGUGGCGGCGGUGGCGGCGGCGGGAGAGCCGACGCCUUUCCCGGAGAUCGUGGAGUUGAACGUGGGCGGACAGGUGUACAUCACCCGGCACCUGACGCUGCUGAGCGUGGCGGGCUCGCUGCCCGAGCAGAUGUUCGGGGGUCCGAGCGCGGCGGGUCUGGCCCGGGACAGUAAGGGCCGCUUCUUCAUCGACCGCGACGGCUUUCUGUUCCGCUACAUCCUGGAUUACAUGCGGGACCAGCGGGUGGUGCUGCCCGACCGCUUCCCCGAGAGGAGCCGCCUGCAGCGGGAAGCCGAGUACUUCGCCCUCCCGGAGCUGGUCAAGGCGCUGAGCCCGAGGCUGAGCAAACAGAACUCGGUCAGCGAGGACGCCUGCCCCAGCGACCCCGAGGAGGGCUCCCCCUGCGCGGACACGCCGAGGACCCUGACCGCCGCCUCCUCCGCGUCGUCGUCGGCCGCCGCCGCCGCCGCGAACGCAACGGUUGCCAACGCGACCGCCGCCGCCGCCACCGCCACCAGCCCCGGCGACAAGAGAGCCGGGUUCAUCACCAUCGGCUACCGCGGCUCCUACACGCUGGGCCGGGACAGCCAGACCGACGCCAAGUUCCGGCGCGUGGCUCGCAUCAUGGUGUGCGGGAAGACGGCUCUGGCCAAGGAGGUGUUCGGCGAGACGCUGAACGAGAGCCGGGACCCCGACCGCCCCCCCGAGCGGUACACCAGCCGCUACUACCUGAAGUUCACCUUCCUGGAGCAGGCCUUUGACAAGCUGGCGGAGGCCGGCUUCCACAUGCUGUCCUGCAACUCCACCGGCACCUGCGCCUUCGCCCACGAGCAGACGGACGACAAGAUCUGGACCAGCUACACCGAAUAUGUGUUCUACCGUGAGUGAAACUGGCUCAUCAUCUCCCCCCCCCACCACCACUCCAACACCAACACCACCCCCACCCAAUCUUGCAAAGAUAACCCCCCCACAAAAACUCGUGCCUGUUGCUUCUUCUCCCACCCCACCUGCCAACCUACCC